CCGAGAUCGUGACAAACCAGCGUGGCACCGGACAUCAAAGAUAAGGAGAAAGCGAGCGGAGAGAAUUGAACUGCCCCAACAAUACAUCAGAGCUGCCUUAGUUUUCGACGAAACCUUUCACGCGCCUUUUAGUCUUGAAGACGAAACAAUGGAAAGGUUUGCAGUUAAUCUCACCAAGGAGGUGGAUCAGACAUUCAGGCAGCUUAAUAUCAGGGUUCUAUUAGUUACCAUGGAAACAUGGACCUCGAAAGAGCACAUGAAUGUUUCGUCUCCGCAUCAUCUUCUAGAAAGGUUCCGCGACUACGGCACUUCCCUACCAAAAUAUCAUGAUAUUGCCUUUUUACUUGUGUUUAAUUCAUCCGAUAUGGCAAAAUCAAUGACAAGUUUUGAUUCAAUUUGCCACCGCAAUCCACCGGCAGCCGGUGUUAUUUGGGUUUCAGAUAUUAGAAAGCCAUCGAGGAUCGCAACUUUGAUAUCAAGAAGAAUAGCAACAAGCCUAGGACUAUUAGAAGAAACAGAUGCCUGUCAGUGUGAAAACCAUAGUUGUCUCAUGAACGUGUCUACAUUUAGUGGAAAUCCCGGGUUCUCUGACUGUAGUGAUCAAACAUUCCAAGCUGCCUAUAAUAGAGGGAAAUUUUGGUGUCUUGACACUCCACCAAGAAAUAUCGAGCUGAUAGAAGCACCCCUGUGCGGCAAUGGAAUAGUCGAAACUGGAGAAGAAUGUGACUGUGGAAAUGAUACGGCAUGUUUGUCCUGCUGUCAAGCUUGUGUUCUAAUAGAAGGCGCUGAGUGUGCAGGAGGAAGAUGUUGCAAUAGACAAUGUAAGUUAUUAAUGGCUGGUUCCAUCUGUAGAGAACGCCAAGGAUCAUGCGACAUUCCAGAGUAUUGCUCGGGUACAUUCGGAAACUGCCCUAAAAACGUAGUGCUUCAUGAUGGCGCUCCUUGUAAGAAAAAGGGGGUGUGCAAUGCUGGAGUUUGUCAAACAAUGCAAGAUCAAUGCUCACAUCUAUGGGGUGAAGGUAGCAGGCUAGCUGGGGAUACAUGCUUACCCAAUGUCACGGCAGACAUGCUUGAAAGGACGCCUAAUUACAGGGAUACUAAAUGCGGGCUUCUCUCGUGUGACGUCACUGAUGUAGACAUGACGUCAUUGCAAGCUCGUUCUCUCAUGGAGUUGGCAAGCUGGGCUACGAACGAUCUCCAAUGCAAAGUGAUGAACAUUGCCUUAUCAGACGGAACGAACCUAGGCGCUGUGCCUGAAGGGACCGCCUGUGGGAAGGGGCAGAGCUGUCGACAAGGCGAGUGUGUCCCGGUUGAUAUGGCGUCUUGUCCAAUGGGAAUCUCAAGGAAGAUCUGUUCAGGAAAUGGAGUUUGUGCUAUCACAGGAAACUGUGUGUGCUUUUGCGGCUGGAGCAGUCCCUCUUGCUCUGUGAGGAAUUCAACCCGGGAAGGGGUGAUCUGCAUUCCAAAAUCCGUACUUGUUACAAGUGACGUCUCAAUGAAUCCCGAAGCUCCGCCCACUGAUAUCGAUGAUACCGGUGAUGAAGUCGAGGUUCGUGUCUUAACGAGUGCUAUCAUCGGUGGGUCCCUGGCUAUCAUCUUUGUUGUGGCAAUCAUCUUUGGGGCAACCUCAAUAGGAUUCAAGAGAGCAAGAAAGAACAACCAAGCUAGACGAAUGCAGCAGGUAAAACUUUUUUCAAUGUUCCAACCUACCGAAGGGCAAAAGAAGCGACUGGCAAAGUUCGGUGGGGGCAGGUCACCGUAUAUAGCUGGCGAGCUAGAAGCCCCCUCAUCUUCAAUGGGCGCCCCAUCUAGUCACCCACCAGGCGACCGUCAUCAUCAUAAACCUAAACACCAUAAUCAUCAUGGCGGGGGUCAACCAGGGGGUCGUAUGCAAGGCAAAAACAAAGGGCAGAAGAAAAUGCGAUUCCAGAUAGACAUGGACACUCAUAAACCGCACAAAGCUGGAGGCGGUAAGGCAAGAACGGAGACGAUUAUUUGAACAUGACCUUCCCGCCAACGAAGACCUG